CAAUAGAUAAACUACCAUUAUUCUAGUCGAAAACUAGGUCCAGAACGACGUUGUCAAAUGCAUUGACGAGACAGGACAGGGGGGCUUCGUCGUUGCCGAGUUCAAAAUUUAAAGAAUAAACAAGACCUCCUGAAUUUCUGAGCACUCUAUCCUUGUGAUUGAAGGAGACCAUUUCAAAGUACUGUGUCAUAUUCGGUUUGGAAUUAGCCGAUGCCUUGAAUCACAUUCUCCUCACGGAAGCUUAUUGGAGGCGAAUUCGUGUUAAUUUUAAUCAUGAUGUCGUCGAUAUUUACGCCGACGCAGAGGUACGCCGUCGGAGGACUGUUCGGUCUGGCCCUCCACCAGGCGCAGAUCCAUCAGAUUCACCUCCUAGGCUCCGACGAUGAGAAUUCCGGUGCCGGCGACCGAAUCAGCAGUGGCAGCAGCAGCAGCAGUAAUUCCGUCGGCGAAGACCCCGAUCUUUGGGUCCAUCCUUCUUCCGGCCUCCUCCACCCUAUCUUCAGGUUCCUAGAGAUAGACAGUACAGCAUGGACAGGGCUUGAGGAAACUUCUGGGUCUUCUCCUGCCAAGCAUCAUAUUGGAGCGUUUUCAAGAUUACUGUCUGAAGAAAGUGGUGAUACUUCCUCAGAUAUUGAGGAUAAGGAACUUGCCUUGUCGAAAGGUAUUGAUGCCAUGGCGCAGAGCAUGGAAACAACUCCUUCUGACAUGGAGUCUAAGAUGGAAAGCUGUCGGGAAUAUGAACUUGAAUGUCGUCAGAAAUUUUCUACUGAGAAUAAAUCAAACUCCAAUGUAGCAAAGGUGCCCCUUGAGACUCAACUGGAGUUGAACUCUGACAUGGUUAGUGUCGAACAGGCAAGGAAUCAAUCUGGCAGUAAUGUGGAUGAAAAACCGUUAGAAGAAGCAAAGAUGCUUAGCUACCAGAGGAAAGUGGCAGUUCUAUAUGAACUUCUUUCUGGUUGUCUGGCUGACAUGCAUGACCAUGACAGAAAAUCUAAACAACGAAGAAAUGGCUAUGAUGCUCGAUAUCGGGUAGCUUUGCGGUUGCUGACAACUUGGUUUGACAUCAAAUGGAAUAAAAUGGAAGCUAUCGAGACCAUGAUUGCUUGCUCGGCCAUGGCUUUGGUGAAAGAGGCACAAUCAAAGGAAGAAGAAUCCCAAUCACCAAAAAGUUCUUGGGCCAGGUGGAAACGCGGAGGUAUAAUAGGUGCUGCUGCAUUAACUGGGGGAACCUUAAUGGCAAUUACUGGCGGUUUAGCUGCUCCAGCUAUUGCUGCAGGUUUAGGUGCAUUAGCUCCUACAUUGGGUACUGUCAUCCCUGUGAUAGGAGCUAGUGGGUUUGCUGCAGCUGCAAGUGCUGCAGGAACUGUUGCUGGUUCUGUUGCAGUGGCUGCAUCAUUUGGAGCUGCUGGAGCUGGACUUACAGGGAGUAAAAUGGCUAGGAGAAUUGGAAGUAUUGAUGAAUUUGAGUUUAAAGCCAUCGGGGGAAACCACAACCAAGGGCGCCUUGCAGUUGAGAUAUUGAUCUCAGGAUUUGUUUUUGAGGAGGAAGAUUUUAUCAAGCCUUGGGAAGGACACCAUGAUAAGUUGGAAAGGUAUGCGCUGCAGUGGGAAUCCAAAAAUUUGAUUGCCGUUAGCACUGCAAUUCAGGACUGGCUUACUUCAAGGGUUGCAAUGGAGUUGAUGAAACGGGGUGCCAUGAUGACUGUAUUAAGUUCUCUUUUGACAGCAUUGGCUUGGCCAGCAGCAUUACUUGCUGCUACUGAUUUUAUUGACAGCAAAUGGGCAAUUGCCAUUGACAGAUCUGAUAAGGCUGGAAAGCUGCUUGCUGAAGUAUUACAGAAAGGAUUGCAAGGGCAAAGGCCUGUAACACUUGUUGGUUUUUCACUUGGAGCUCGGGUGAUCUACAAGUGCCUCCAGAUGCUGGCUGAAACUAACCAUAAUGCUGAACUUGUUGAAAGGGUUGUUCUUCUUGGGGCUCCUAUUCCAAUUAAAGAUGAGAACUGGGAAGCAGCAAGAAAGGUUGUAGCUGGGAGAUUUGUGAAUGUUUAUUCUACAAAUGAUUGGAUGCUAGGAGUUGCUUUCCGUGCUAGUCUACUCACUCAAGGAUUAGCGGGAAUUCAACCGGUUGAUGUCCCUGGAAUUGAGAAUGUUGACGUAACAGAUCAUAUUGAGGGUCACUCAUCUUAUCUGUGGGCUACCCAGCAGAUCCUAGAACAACUCGAGCUAGAAUCCUACUAUCCUGUUUUCAGUAGCUCUCUCAUAAAACCUUAGGCUGGCUGGAUUUUCUAUGUACUGGUACUGAAUCCUUGUUCAUUUUCAAACUCCCGAAGCAACACAAGUGUAGAUAUGGUAGCAGCAGAACUCGUAGCCGGUUCUUGCGUGAUCUGUCUCCGGUUACGCCCUAUUCCGAUCAUAAAACCAAACGACUGAAUUAGUAUGAUCGCUGCCCGUAGAGAUUAAACGUGCUCUUGUGUCAAUUGCAACUGCAUGUCGUAAAGGCGAAGAAAUUUUCAGAGGAGAAAGAGCAAACAAAGGUCAGUAGAACUGGAAGAGGCAUCCAUGAGAGAUUUUGAGAGGAUGCUUGCUGCCUACUCGGCAUUUGCAAUUCAGAUAUGCUGGAGAGUCCGUAAAAUGCUUUUACAGUGUCAUUCUGAAUGCUGCUCUAAACCAAAAAGGCGAUAUCCAUUUUAGGUGACUGGCGGCUCUUGCUUUUAUUUUUAAUCAAGGAAGCCGUUGUUUAUCAGGGAGCUUUCGAUAUGUAACGCACUCAUAUGUUCCAACUUUAAAUACGAAUUAUUCAUUCUUUUUUCUGCUUUGUAAA